UUUUUCUUUCUUUUAUCUGUGGUAAAUGUCAUUGAACAUGUGAAGAAAUUUUAUCAACAAAAAAAUACAGUUUAUUUUGCAUUAUUUAAAGAACAAUUAAGUUCAAGUGCUCUUAUUAAUUAAGGAAAACGAAAAUGGAGACCGAUAACAUUAACGUUGAAGAGUUUUUACCUGCCAAGAACACCGUAAAAUUAAAAAAUGUGAAGCGUAGAGCAAUUUCAGAAUCUGGCGAGGGUAUGGAGGUGGAAGAUGAAAAUAACACACAAGAGAAACCUAAACGUACUCGGCCUAAAGCUAAAAAGGCUAAGAAAAACGUUGAACCAAAUGAAAGUAAAGUUAACAUGAGAAAAGUUGCUGUUCCUGCACAUAGAUACACACCUCUGAGAGAGAACUGGCUAAAGAUCUUCACACCUAUAGUAGAGCACUUAUUGUUGCAAGUUCGUUUCAACACUAAAUCAAGAAAUGUGGAGAUAAGGGUAGGCCCGGAGACAAAAGAUGAUGCCAAUUUACAAAAAGCUGCUGAUUUUGUUAAGGCUUUCAUCUAUGGCUUUGAUGUAGAAGACGCACUGGCUCUACUCAGGCUGGACGACCUAUUUGUGGAGUCAUUUGAAAUUAAAGAUGUUAAAACAUUACAAGGAGAUCAUUUAGGAAGGGCCAUCGGCCGUCUAGCAGGAAAAGCAGGGAGGACAAAGUUCACAAUAGAAAAUGUAACAAAAACAAGAAUAGUGUUGGCAGACUCAAAAAUUCACAUUUUAGGCAGUUAUCAGAACAUUGCGCUGGCCAGACGAGCUAUAUGCAACUUGAUUAUGGGGUCUCCACCAUCCAAAGUGUAUGGAAAUUUGAGAAACGUUGCAAAGAGAGUUGCCGAGAGAUUCUAGGUGUAAAUAAAGAACUAUUUAUAAU